ACCGCCCAUACCACCAAAACACACAAAGGCCAGUUACAGUGCCGACAGUUUACAAUCAGGUCUUACCGUGCCUCCUUCUUUACCCGAGAGGAGCCUAUCUACGGCAGCCGAUACUUCAAAUGUGGACAUAGAGCAUGAGGGAUACUCCAGCGAAAGCGAUCAGGACGAUCACUAUGAGAUAGACGAGAGUUCCGUGGCAGGCCCACAAUCGAGGAGAGCACCAGGUGUGCUUCCAGACGUAUCACAGGCUAACCGUCGUAAACCAUUUCUUAAAGGUUUUCAUUCUGUCAAUUCAAAAACUCAAUUUUAUAGCGCUGCAACAUCAAACAAUCUCGUCGUAACUGGAAGUCAUCACGUUCGAAUAUACGAUGCUGCGAAUAUGAAUGGCAAUGAUGCGCCUUUCUUUGAAACAGCUGAAAGAGACACAAAAAUCACGUCGAUCACUUUCAAGCAAUCAAACAGCAGCAUGUUUUGGGGUGGUACAAAGGAUGGUUCGCUGUUUGAAAUGGACUCCAUCGACGGCAAAGCCUACGACUGGUCUAUGCAUCAGCAUACGAGCGCAAUUAUUGGCAUUUGGAGGUUAAACAAUCAUAUGAUAACGCUAGAUGACACCGGUACCUUGAAAGUUUGGUUACCUGUCACUCAUGAAGAUGGUAGUACAUCACCUACACUUAAUUCGCCACAUAAACUGUUUAAAGUUAAUGCAGACAUCACAUUUGUCAACUUCUUAGGCGAUAAACUCUGGUUAGCGUCAUCAGCUUCACACAACUCCGAGUCAAACACGUCUCGCAGUAUCACUGUGAGAGUAUACGACCCGAUUGGAGCUGUUUAUGGCGGUACUUUUAACCUGACGCCCAAUGGUGUGAUGCCUACGUCUACGGUUCAACAAUUAGCUGUCACAAGUGGAACUAUAAUCCCGUCUAUACCCUCAAAUGUUUAUUUGGGUCAUCAGGGUGGUUUCGUCAGUGUUUGGUCAGCGUCUGAAUACGAUUUCAGGAGUGUGACGAAAGUGUCAUCCACCCAAGUAGAUGCACUCGCAGGGGUAGGAGGAUAUCUAUGGGCCGGUUUCCAUAGUGGUAAAAUUAAUGUUCUGGAUACAAAUCAAGGUUCUAUUACCGAUUGGAGGGUAGUCCAGACUUGGCAAGCUCACAAAGAGAAAGUACUUUCUAUCCAAGUUGACACCGCACUACUAGAGUUUGGACAUCUAGCUGUAAUAACUACAGGUGCUGAUUGGAACAUUAAUUAUUGGGAUGGUAUGCUCAAGACUGCCCAUAUCUCGACUGAGUUGCAAAAUAGAGAGAAUUCCUUCUGCUCGUUCAGCCCUGUGAGGUUGCUAAUUGUAUCAUGGAAUACCGAUGCUUCAAAACCUUCAGAUUUGGUAGAUAAAGGUGGCUUGUUUUCAAAGUCUAAUAAUAGUAGUAGCAAUUCGUCCUUUUUGAGAAACGCAUUGCAUAGUACGAACAGUCCAGAUAUCAUUGUAUUUGGAUUCCAAGAAUUGAUAGACUUAGAAGAUAAAAAGCUAACAGCUAAGACUAUGUUACUCUCGAAAAAGAAGGCUGAUAAUGCAUUGUCAGAACGUAUUUCACAUUCUUAUAGACUGUGGUACGAUCAUUUAGUUAUGGAAGUAAAGAGAAAUAUGCCCGAGGAUAGCCCAUAUGUGGUCUUACAUGCGGAGAAUCUUGUGGGGUUAUUCACCUGUAUCUUCAUUCGCAAAGAACGCAAGGACCAUCUUGCAGACGUUGCCAUCACAACUGUGAAGACUGGAUUGAAAGGUAGAUAUGGUAACAAGGGAGCCAUUAUCUCACGAUUCGUAGUUGACGAUUCAUCGCUUUGCUUUGUGAAUUGCCAUUUAGCGGCUGGACAGAAGCAUACGAAGCAGCGGAAUGCAGACUUAGUGUCGAUAUUAGAAGAAAAAGUUGCCUUUGCGGAUGAACCAGUACGCUCAGAUCUUAGUUAUGUAAAUGGCGGAGACGGCUCGAGUGUGUUUGACCACGAAAUGACAUUCCUUAAUGGAGAUCUUAAUUACAGAAUUGAUCUGCGACGUGAAGCAGUUAUACCAGCAAUCUCUAAAUCUAAUUUUGAAUACCUAUUACAUCACGAUCAAUUGAAUAAACAAAUGGAAACUAACGCACAAUUCAAGUUGAGAGAUUUCAAGGAACCACCAAUUACAUAUGCGCCUACCUACAAAUAUGAUAGGAAAACAGAUGUUUAUGAUACAUCAGAUAAAAGAAGAAUACCCGCAUGGUGCGAUAGAAUUCUCUCACGGACGGUACACUUACCAAGAGUUAAUAAUUUACAUUACAAGAGAUACGAAGUUAAUGUUUCAGAUCAUAGGCCAAUUUCAGCAGCAUUUGAGAUCAUGACGAAGAAGAUUGAUCAUAAAAAAAGGAUAGACGUCUUAACAAAAGUCGAGGAUGAAUCUGCUAGCAUGUUUAGUCAGACAAUUCAAGACGAGAAGAACUAUUACGAAUAUAAAUAAGUUAUAUUAAUGAUUUUAUUGACAAAUAUAUGUAUACUAAGUAAGUAACGUCUGUUCAUGCCUCUUGAUCGGGUAUAUCAUCAUCAAGAUCGACUUCCUCCUCUGGCGGGGAAGACUGGAAUGCGCUCUGAUCGACAUCCUCAAUCUCAUCAUCUAGAUCGCCCUCCUCGUAUCCAUCCUCUAUAAGUUCUUCGUCGUCAUCGUCUGCGUCAUCGAGAUAAUCCUCUUCAAUUGAAAUUUCAGCCUAUAUUGUUUAGAAAACAAGGCAACGCGUAAUAAAAAGCAACUCACGUCGUGUUCUUCAUCUAAUUGAGUUUGACGUUUACCGAAAGGCACGAUCCAGCUAUUUCCCCAAUCCCUGAUAAGACUACUGUGGUCUUUGAGUGCAGUUUCGUCGCGCUGUAGUUUAUCUAUAAAAGCUUGUGAACCGAUAGGUCUACCGGCCAUAACGUCUUGAAAUGCAGUACUAUUAACGUCUAAAUCCCAAUUAUUCGCAUUUGGUAUUCGUGAUUGUUGGGUGUUAUUAAUGAUAGGCUGUCUCCUUCUAGGACGUAAAUUCAUUCUUUGAUUACUUAACUCUACAUUUUCAUUCUUAAACAGUUGUAAUGGUAGUUUCAGUGCACCAGGAAAGGUUUUAUUAGCAGGUGGAUAUCUAGUAUUAGAUCCUGCAUAUUCUGGUGUAGUAGUCAGCACAGAUGCACGUUUCUAUUCCUUAGUUAAACCGACAAAUGGUACGACAACUACAGUGAACUCACCACAAUUUGGCAGUAGCUGGGAAUACAAUAGCGCAAUGGAGCAACUUAAUGAUGGACCAAUCAACGACUUUGUACAACUUGCGUUAACAGAAGUUUCUAAGCUCAUUUCUAAGCGUGGAAUAACACCAAAAGGAUUAUCAAUAACUAUAUCAGGCGAUAAUGACUUUUACUCACAACGUGCGUACCUCAAUUCAUGCAAUUUGGACGCUACGGUUGAGAACUUAAAGAAAGUACCAAAACUGAAUAGCGAUUUAAAACAAAUAAGCAAAACUGGGUUGGGGAGCAGCGCAGCUUUGAUUACAUCCCUUGUUGGAGCAUUACUCGCGUUUUAUGGCUUAAUUUCACGCGAUAUCAACCAAAACGAUCUAAAAUUAGUACAUAACCUAGCACAAUAUAUCCAUUGUCGUGCUCAAGGCAAGGUUGGAUCAGGAUUUGACGUAUCUGCGGCCACUUUCGGUAGUCAAGUUUACUCACGCUUUGAUCCGGAAAUCAUUAAGGAUGUAAUGGACAGCCCGACAACUGGAGAGAUCGUUGAUGCUGUGAUUAGCAAAGAAUGGGAUAACAAUGUCGAAAAAGUUGGUCUUCCGUAUGGCAUUUCAAUCCAACUUGCCGAUAUCGAACAUGGCUCGCACACACCUAGCCUUGUUAAGAAGGUUCAUGCCUGGAAAGCGGCCAAACCAGAUGAGGCUAAGGAGCUCUAUGCUGCUUUAAACAACAGCAACCAAGGAUUAGUGAAGGUUCUCAAGGCUCUCAAUGAGUCACAUAAAACAAAAAGGGAGGCUUACGAGCACGCUUUGGAUACUCUCUCCACAUUGAUACCCCAGAAGUGGCAGGAAAAUAUACCAGCAAAUGACGUGAUUGCCCAAUUUGAUGAGUUGAGAAUGGUGUUGAAGUCCAUCCGUAAGCUCUUCAGAGAACUCUCAGAUAAGGCAGGUGUACCAAUAGAACCUGAAGAGCAAACAAGGUUGCUUGAUGCCUGCUCAAAAAUUGAAGGUGUCAUAGGUGGUGGUGUACCAGGAGCUGGUGGGUAUGAUGCGAUAUACAUACUCACAAUAUCAAGAAUGGCCAAUCAAUCACAUGCACAGACUCAGGUACACAAGACAUGGCUCGAAUGGACGGAGUUAAGUGUGAGCCCGCUGGUAUGCGGAGAAGGUUUCGAAGGUUUGAGACUCGAGAACGCUGAAGAAAUCAGCCGGGCAAUGGGUAUAGAAUGAAGGAUGAUAUAAUCUGUAUAUUAACAAAAACAGGUUUAAAAUACAUAUAGAGUAUUGGUGCAAAGCCUGCAAUCUUCUAUGCAGCUGAUUUUGUUGAUAGCUUCAACUUGACUAGAAUCGCAUGAAGGAAUUUGAGCUUCAAAUGAGAGUUGAGCGUAAAUUGACGAGCAAUUGUUAGUACCCAUUGAGCACGGGUCAUUUGCAGAGGGAAGUAGCAGUCAGUAUGGCUAAGCUACUGCAAAAU